AUCGCGUUGUUGUCGUCUAUCAUCAAAGAAGUGAUGGUGGAUGAAUGAAUGGACCGCCGUAUGCAUCCUGGCAUGGAGAAUAACAUAGUCUCGAUUGUUUUUAAGGAUUAGGCAGUGCGAUUCUGUUAUUUCACGGACUGUUGCUGCUUUGGGAAUCUAAACGGAUUCCUGGGCGAAUCGACAGCAAUGUCUACGGGAUUGAGCUCGAGUAACGCGGGUUCGCACGUCUCGCAAGAAGGCUCGAUCAGAAGGCUAUCAACCACGAAAUGAAGAUUAUAGUAUGUGUGAAAAUAGGGCUAAUGUUCUAGCCUAAAUGUAACAUUACGUCAGUUGUCACCACAUCAUGUGUGCACUAUAUUAUUGCAAGUAAAGUUAAUGUUGGUGAUGCUCCAAGAUCCUCUAUAAACAACCAGAUGAAGCAGGUGACUGUCUAUUUUCGACAUUUCUGAAUUACUGACUUUUUACUGAAUUAGUACUUUAUUUUGGGGAAUUAAAAACUCCAAUAGCCUGCCUUUUCCAGGUACAAUGGGACAUAUCUGUGUUUGUUUGUUUUCAGUAGAUUCCUUAACGUGACACUGUGCGAGACGAGCCCUGGGCGAAUUGGCUCAUAGCAACGCUGUUACAGUCUCUGCUUUUGUUUGCGUGUUACCGGCCGGAGACACCGCGAAGUUGUUAGGGUUGAAGCUGAAACAAGUGAACUGUCAAGCGGCUGUUUUGAAAGGAAAUCCCCAUUUUACCCCAAUUACUCCAUGGAUGACUCUGGAAUAAUUCGGCGUCGGAGGCUGCAGAAGGAUCUGCCACUGCCUCGCAAGAACAGCAGUUGUCGUACCAGCAACAGGAAGAGUCUGAUCCUGACCACCACGUCCCCCACUCUACCCCACCGCCCACACUCUCCUCUUCCCCUCCCAGGACACCUUGGAAGCAGUCCUCUGGACAGUCCACGCACCUUCUCUCCGAGCACACCAGCACACUUCUCCUUCGCCUCCUCUAGAAGGGCGGACGGUCGACGAUGGUCCCUGGCAUCCCUGCCGUCCUCUGGGUAUGGCACCACCACACCCAGCUCCACGUCCUCCAGUUCGUCCCAGGAGCGACUGCACCAGCUGCCCUUCCAGCCGACCAUGGAUGAGCUACACUUCCUGUCCAAGCACUUUGGCAGCACGGAGAGCAUCACCGACGACGACGGGGGUCGCUGCUCGCCCCAGAUGCGCCCGCGCUCCCGCAGCCUCAGUCCGGGACGCUCCCCAUCCUGCUACGACAACGAGAUUGUCAUGAUGAACCAUGUGUACAAAGAACGCUUCCCCAAGGCCACAGCUCAGAUGGAAGAGCGUCUGGCUGAGUUCAUCCAUGCCUUCUCCCCUGAGAGCGUGUUGCCGCUGGCCGACGGGGUCCUUAGCUUCAUCCACCACCAGAUCGCAGAGCUGUCCAGGGACUGCCUGUCUAAAGCUCGCGAGGGCCUCAUUACUACUGUCUACUUCUUUGAGCUGCAGCAGAAACUGGAGAAGCUGCUGAAUGACGCUUAUGAGCGUUCAGAGAGCUCUGAGGUGGCCUUCGUCACGGAGUUGGUGAAGAAACUCCUCAUCAUCAUAUCUCGCCCAGCACGGCUGCUGGAAUGCCUGGAGUUUAACCCAGAGGAGUUCUACCACCUGCUGGAAGCAGCAGAGGACCAUGCCAAGGAAGGACACCUGAUGAAGACAGAUAUCCCUCGCUAUAUCAUCAGCCAGCUUGGAUUGACCAGAGACCCAGUAGAGGAAAUGGUAAACCUGGACAACUACGAAAGCGAGGGACCUCUCACCCCCGAAACAGAAGACUCAACAGAGUGCAAGAUGAGAGUAAUGAAGCCACCUGAGGAGGCUGACUUCCAGACCAUCAAGUUAAUCAGCAAUGGAGCCUAUGGUGCUGUGUACCUGGUCCGUCACUUGGAGACCCGUCAGCGCUUUGCCAUCAAGAAGAUCAACAAGCAGAAUCUAAUCCUGAGGAACCAGAUCCAGCAGGCCUUUGUGGAGAGAGAUAUCCUGACCUUUGCCGAGAACCCCUUUGUGGUUUCCAUGUUCUGUUCCUUUGAGACCCGCAGACACCUCUGUAUGGUCAUGGAGUACGUGGAGGGAGGGGACUGUGCCACCUUGCUGAAAAACAUUGGGGCGUUGCCAGUAGAGAUGGCACGCAUGUACUUCGCAGAGACCGUUCUGGCACUGGAGUACAUCCACAACUAUGGCAUUGUGCACCGCGACCUCAAACCUGACAAUCUUCUGAUCACCUCCAUGGGGCACAUCAAGCUGACAGACUUUGGCUUGUCUAAGAUGGGCCUGAUGAGUCUUACCACAAACAUGUACGAGGGACAUAUCGAGAAGGACACUAGAGAGUUCCUGGACAAACAGGUGUGUGGCACGCCAGAGUACAUUGCCCCAGAGGUGAUCCUGCGUCAGGGCUAUGGGAAGCCAGUGGACUGGUGGGCUAUGGGCAUCAUCCUCUAUGAGUUCCUGGUGGGCUGCGUGCCCUUCUUCGGGGACACACCAGAGGAGCUCUUCGGUCAGGUCAUAACAGAUGACAUAGUGUGGCCAGAAGGUGAGGAGGCUCUUCCAGCCGAUGCCCAGCAUCUGAUCUCUGCUCUGCUUCAGACCAACCCGCUGGUACGACUGGGCACAGGUGGUGCAUUUGAGGUGAAGCAGCAUCCGUUCUUCAUAGAGCUGGACUGGAACAGUGUGCUGAGACAGAAGGCUGAGUUCAUCCCUCAACUGGAGUCAGAGGAGGACACCAGUUACUUUGACACCCGCUCGGACCGCUACCAUCACAUCCACUCAUAUGAUGAGGAUGACACCAAUGAUGAUGAACCUGUAGAGAUCCGACGCUUCUCCUCCUGUUCUUCUCGCUUCAGCAAGGUGUACAGCAGCAUGGAGCACCUGUCCCAGCUGGAGCACAAGCCCCCAACAGUGACCCGGCGGGAACACAAGGGCCCCAGGGAGGACCGGAUGGCCAACAGAGAAAGCCUGGGCAGUCUGACCUUGAGAGAUAAGACCUGGAGGACAGGAUCCCCUGAGAUGAAACGAUUGUCUUGCUCAGAGUCCUCCUUCACUGAGAGUGACUCCAGUCCUCCAUCUGGGGCCCGGCGACGCUUCUCGGCCCUCAUGGACACCCAUCGCUUUGCCUCCCCAUUAGAGUCUGACCCUGAGCUGCCUGUGCACACCAGACAGCCCCCGGUUAAGGCCAGGGGCGCCUCCCUGGAGGGGGUCCUGGGCACCGUGUCCAGCCAGGGGGAUUUUAGGAAGGAAAAGGAAAGCAAUGGGUUGACAGCUGGAGACAAACUGCUGAGGCCAGCUGAUGUACCAAUGGGAGCCCCCUCCGUUCCCAGCAAUUCUGUGACUGCUGGGGCCAAAGAGCCCCAGGGGCCCCGGGCUACCAACGACCUGGUCCUGAGGAGGGUCCGCCACAGCCAGCUCUCCGCUGAGGGAGAGAAUCGCAACUCGCGACCCGGAAACAAGGUCAUCAAGUCUGCUUCUGCCACAGGCUUAUCUGUCAUCAUACCUGCAGUGGAGCAGCAUGGCACCUCACCUCUGGCCAGCCCCAUGUCUCCUCGCUCCAUCUCCUCCGACCCCUCGUCCCGAGACUCCUCGCCCAGCCGGGACUACUCACCCACGGUCAACGUGCUGCGUUCGCCCAUCACCAUCCAGCGCUCUGGGAAGAAGUACGGCUUCACCCUCCGAGCCAUUCGAGUCUACAUGGGAGAGAGUGACGUGUACAGCGUCCACCACAUGGUCUGGCAUGUGGAAGACGGAGGCCCUGCCCAAGAGGCAGGACUCUGCGCUGGUGAUCUCAUCACUCAUGUGAACGGGGAGUCCGUCCAUGGGCUGGUGCACACUGAGGUGGUGGAGCUCAUUCUGAAGAGUGGGAACAAAGUGACUGUGACCACCACACCCUUUGAAAACACCUCAAUUAAGAUUGGUCCUGCCCGCAAGUGCAGCUACAAAUCCAAGAUGGCACGGCGCAACAAGAAGACAGGGCCAAAGGAAGGACAGGAGAGUAAGAAACGCAGCUCGUUGUUUAGGAAGAUCGCCAAGCAGUCCAACUUGCUACACACAAGUCGCAGCCUCUCCUCCCUGAACCGCUCCCUUUCAUCUGGCGACAGUCUCCCAGGCUCUCCCACCCACAGCCUCUCUGCCCGCUCCCCCACGCAGAGCUACCGCUCCACCCCCGACCCCAUCUACCUGGGCAACUCUUCCCAGAGCAGCUCCCCGGCGACCAGCACUCCUAACUCUCCCGCCGCGUCCCAGCAUAUGAGACCCAGCUCCCUGCACGGCCUGUCCCCCAAGCUGCACCGCCAGUAUCGCUCGGCCCGCUGCAAGUCAGCGGGCAACAUCCCCCUGUCCCCCCUGGCCCACACCCCGUCCCCUACCACUUCGUCCCCCCCGCCCUUGUCUGGCCACACAGUGGGCAGCUCCAACACCACACAGGCCUUCCCGGCGAAGCUCCACUCCUCCCCCCCUGUGGCCCGGCCCAGGCCCAAAAGCGCCGAGCCGCCCCGCUCACCCCUGCUGCAGCGGGUGCAGUCGUCAGAAAAAGUGGGUGCGCCCCUCGUGCCCUCUUCUUCGUCCUCUUCGUCGUCGUCUUCCUCUCCACUCGCAGGCGGGGUGACGAUGCGUAAGCACAGCUUGGAGGUUUCGCACGGGGACUACAGGAGGGAGUCUUUUCACUGUGAGCACAGCCUGCAGAGCCUUUUGGAAAUGGAGGGCGAGAAUGGGCCUGUUCCACCCUCUCCCUCAUCUUCCUCUUCACCCUCGCCCCCAACGGGUGGAGAGACAGGGUGCCUAAAGCCUGCUAGGAGGCUGGGGAGGCAGGAGUCGCCCCUGAGCCGCGACACCCUGCUGACAGGGAAGGAAAGAACUUCCCAGAACACAGCAUCUGAUGACGUGGAGCCUAACCUAAGUGCUGCUGAGACAGCAAUAACAUUAACUCCUUGUGAGGUUGCAUAUAGCAAACCCAUUACAUUCGCAGUUGAGGCCCAGCAUAGCCAAGCCACAACCCCCUCCACUUCAACGGCCAAAUCCAGCCCUGUAGACAAACUUCUUAGCCCCAGUGCUCUGAGCUCUGAGACAGCUAGUGGAUGCUCGGGUCCUAAACCCACUGACAGGACCCCAGUCAUGGCAACAGCACAGAGUCUGCUCACCCAGGAGCGUAAACACCAGGCUGUCCAGACAGACACAACCCUAGCAAGCAGAAGCCAGGAGAAAAGUAAGGAAACAGGGAGCGUGGGCCCAGACAUAGUCAAGACACAGUGUGCAGGAUCUACAGAGGUCGCAAAGCCAAGUAAAGUAAACCAGACUGGAGAGGACAUUUUUAAUGGAGGGAUGUUUGGCAGUGAAAAAGCCACUGGGACCAGUGUUAAAGGACCUGCGUCCCCAGCCCCAACCCAGAUACCAGUCCAAAUCAAGAUACCAACUCCAACCCAGGAACCAUCCCUGGCACCAACUCUAACCAAGGCACCAUUCCCAAUCCAGAAACCAGACCAAAACCAGGUAUCAGCCCCAGCCCCAACCAAGGAACCAGCCCCAACCAAGGAACCAGCCCCAACCAAGGAACCAGCCCCAACCAAGGUACCAGCCCCAACCAAGGAACCAGCCCCAACCAAGGAACCAGCCCCAACCAAGGUACCAGCCCCAACCAAGGAACCAGCCCCAACCAAGGCACCAGCCCCAACCAAGGUACCAGCCCCAACCAAGGUACCAGCCCCAACCAAGGAAUCAGCCCCAACCAAGGCACCAGCCCCAACCCAGACACCACCACCAACCCAGGUACCAGCCGCAACCAAGCCACCAGCCCCUGUUGCCACAGGUCAAGGUCUAGCUUCAACGAAAACCAGAGCAGAUAGGUUUUCUGCCCCGUCGAGCAGCUAUCGAGGGACCAGGGAGGAUCGGAUUCAUCUUGAGGUGUUGGAGGAGAAUCCAAUGUCCCCCUCCUCACCUGCUGCCUCCCCCUGCUCUGGCAAGUUGCACACUGUCUCCCCUGGAGAAAAAGCAAGCUUUGUGACUCAGUUGACUAGCGUGGCCAAAAAUGUACUGGGGCCUAUUAAGAUGGGAUCACAGGAAGGGCCCAAGAGCAAAGACACUCCCAAGGCAGGUGAGGAGAAACGGGGUAGCUUAGCAGGAAAGUCUGAGGCUCCAUCUAGAGGUAGUCGACUUGGGGCCCAGGAGACAUCUCCAUGUCCUGCCAGCUCAUCUCAGCACGAAAAGGCAAACACAAGGAAUUCUGGCAAGCACCACUCCUGA